GAUGUGAGAAAGCGUUACGGAGUAUUCGUAUAUAGGACUGUCAAACAUCACGUCUUUUGGAGUGCACUGUUCGCUCUUCACUCAAUUCAUCCUCAUCACCGAACAAACCACCCACGCUGUAUCGGAUACUCCGUACUCAAACAGACUUCCACUAUCACCACGAUCAUCUCAUCCUCGCAACCAACCCUACAAGACAGACGGACAUCAGCACCAGACAAAUUACCUUCAAAAUGCAUUCAUCACAACUAUCCCUCUCAUCCCUCUUGCUCUCAAUCCUCCUGCUCAUCCACUCAACAACCACCACGGCCAACCCAGCUCCCGUCCCUCAAGACUCAACCUCAACCAUGACCGCCAUAUCGCAGAUCCCAGACGGCCAGGUCCAAGCACCGACCGACUCCAGCACCGAUUCUUCUCUGUGGCCUUCUUCAUCGUCAGCAUCAUCAUACGAGAACCCGUUCACAAUCUACACCACGCAGACCAACUCUCUCGGCGUCAUCACCGGCAUGCCCUCCGUCUGGACAUCCCAGCCCUCCGCCGUCACCAGCCAGCCCGCGUCGCCCACCCUGCCGAGCUAUUCGGGAUACGUGUAUGCGAACACCACCACUGGCGCCGGCGUCUCCACGUCACCAGCAUCAGCAUCCGGCUCAACGGUAGCAUCAACUCUGACAUCGACGGCCUCGGUAUCCGGGACCACGCUAGCUACCAGCACCGUCGUCGCGAGUGAGAGUGGUGCCACGAAUGCGUCGCCGACACUUGCGCAGGCCACCGGUGGUGCCGUGUCGAAUCAAGUAGCCGGCGCCGGCAUUGGGCUGGUCGUGCUGGGUUUGGGAUUCUCGUUGCUCUGAGCGUUCCGUCUUCGCGGUAAUGAGAUUGAGAUUGAGAUUGAGAUUGAGAUUGAGAGUCUCGGACCGGGAGCUGUGUUUUUUCCUGUGCCUCGAAGGCAUGAAUGAAAUUUGUUUUAUUACGAUCGGACAAUGUGGGCAUUAGCGAAGCAAGGAGUUAAAACGAAUGGACGAUACAAUGAUGUUUAGCUGGCUGCCGAAAGCAAAAGCAGGACUUGUGCCGAUGGAGGAAUCAUUGUUAUCAUAUCAUGCUCGGAAGUGCUCCGGCUGAUAGUGCUUUUAGUGUAUGAGAUAGAAACUGCCAGGCUUAGGGUUGAAAUGAACCGAUUCAAACAUCGAGA